AUGUCAAUCAAUUCUCUAAUAUUAGACGGUGGAAGUUUGCCAUUCCUAGCUCUAGAAGAUGAGGUUGUUCUUCUUUCUCUUCCAAAAGUUACUUUGCACUGCUAUCCAUUGAUGGACAACGACCGGCCGAAUACGAAGUAUGAACAGAAGAUCGAAGCAAAUGCCCGAGGAUUCAUAACGACUAAACGGCUUAUUUUUCUCCUAUUCGAGCCAUUUCAAGAAGUUCAAACCAUUACCAUCAUUUACAAGCAAAUGGUGCCGAAUUUAAGCGGGGAGAUUCCUCCACAAUUACAAAUGCCUUGGCUUGGUCGAAACUACCUAACGGUGUCAUACAAGAUUCUACCAGAGCAGGUUUCUGGUAAUGGUAAGUGGUUAAAUUAUCUCUAUACAUGGCAGUGUAAUAUCUAUUUAGAUGGUGGGAGAGGUAACCUAGAUAUUUUCCGGGUCCAUGAUGUGUUGAAAAAGGCUAUUAUCGAGGGAAACUCUAGAGGACCUACUGAGAACACUGAACCUCUACCAGCCUAUUCACCAUAA